AUGUCUCCGUCCGCCACAGGCACUUUCUCCGCGCCACCGCAGGUUUACUCGUUUGACGGCGUGCUGUCCGACUUUGAUGGAACAAUUGUGGACUCGACCGAUGGUGCACACCUCUCCCCCAGUCGCAAUGGAAUCGGAGCUGACUGCCGUGCUUCGAACAGCAAUUAUCAAGCAUUGGCACCUCGUUUCUCAUUAUUUAUCUCGAUCAGAAUUGCUAGUGAGCUGGGUGUCGACCCAGAGACUAUUUUAGCCACCUCGCAUGGCCGACGAAGCAUUGACACCAUGCAACUAUACGACCCCAGCAAGGCCAAUUGGGAAUAUGUCAACUUCAUUGAAGGCCGAAUCCCGAAAGAAUAUGGCUCCGACGCCCGUGAGAUUCCCGGCGGCCGGGAUCUACUCGACGCACUGGAGAGCUCAGGCGCGCGUUGGGGCGUCGUUACAUCCGGCACGCGCGCGCUGAUUGACGGCUGGCUGGAAGUGCUGGGCCUGACACAUCCAAAGAUGCUGGUGGUGGCGGAAGAUGUGGAGCUGGGCAAGCCAGACCCGCGCUGUUACCUGCUGGGCCGGAAGAAGCUGGGCCUCGAGCACUCUUCGUCGAUUGUGGUGCUGGAAGAUGCGCCUUCGGGGAUCAAGGCCGGCAAGGCAGCCGGAUUCAAGGUCAUUGCGCUCACUACGACCCACUCGCUGGAGCAGCUCCAGGUUGCCGGUGCCGACUGGAUCGUCGAGGACCUGCGCAGCAUUUCCGUCAAGAGCGUUGAGGAUGGGCGCGUCCAGCUUGAGAUCAAGAAUGCCUAUCAAUAG